AUGCCUUCAACUCCACAACCAAAAGAACACCCUCCUGCUCGAGAUGCGAUCGCGCUCGAGAUGAAAGACAGCUGGAGCCCCGGUGACGAUCGCAGAGAUAGAGGUAGAGUCGACCGAGGAGUUAUUGAAAGACGGUCGAGAAGAUCAAGGUCUCCCACGUCACGUCGACCGGACGCCGACAGGACACCCAAUACCAGAGAUCGCAGUACUGAUAGGUCCAGGCCAACACAAGAAAUUGAAAAGCCAGAUCGUAGUCCAGACCGCAGAAGGCUAUCUUCUCCCCGGCCGUCAAAAGAUACACAAGAAGACGUGUUGAAGCGCAAUCAAGGCAGGGAACUACUAUUGGAAACGCGAGGCUCAGAAAUAGUAAGAGGAAAUACAGCCCAUUCCCCUCAACAAUUAAAACGAAGAAAGAGUCGCAGCCCAUCGCCGAGUCGCAACCAACAAAAGAAAAUUCGAAGGAAUUCUCGCAGUCCAGUACGGCACAACGGAGCUACGAAAGGGUCCCGGCGAGAUAGGAAGCGACGAAACCGGUCUACAUCACAACAUCGACAUCGACAACCGGAACCAAACAGAAACAAUCAACGCGAGGAAGGAAACCCAAGAAAUCGUAGAGAUUUUGGAAAAAACGAUAAGCGUGGGCGAUCUCCUGGCCAAAACCGCGAUAAAUUUGAAAAGUCUCGUCCUUCAUCAGCCUUGGACUACGACGAUCCACCAACGAACCGUAAUAAAUCCCCCAACAAAAUUGUCGAGCUAGAACAAAAAGAAGGAGGAAAUCCAGCACCAAAUCUAUCUGAAAAUAAGGAAAGGAAGCGAGAGGCUUCCCCAUACUCGAGCCAUCGAUCGCCAGAGGCAGAUACAUACGAACAUAAAAAUCGCGGUCGUCGUCAAUCUCCUCGUGCGCCAAAAGGGCCAAAGGGAAAUCGGAGACGGUCCCCAAAGCGAGAAAAGGGACGGCCCUCACGAGACGAAUAUCGCCCCAAUAAUAAAUCUCGAGGUCGACCUACAUCGGCAGCUUCAGGAGCGAAUAGCAUUGAGGUCAAAUCGGAUAAGAUGGCUAACAGAGGAUUCUAUGGUAAUCAGCAAGGGUACAAUCCAAACCAACAAAUGCAGGCUGCAUUUCCUCUAAAACCACAAUUCAAUCAAGUUCCUCAAGGGCCGCAAGCUGAUCCACGACAAUUUUCACAAUCUCCACAACAUCAAAUGACCCCAAAUUCAUAUCAUGGUUCACCUCAGGCACAAUCACCUUAUUCUUCUGGGCGGGGAAAUUGGAAUGGCUCACAGCAACAACAGUUUUCACCUUCUUCGCAAUUUCAACAAAACUACCAGCAACAACCGGGAUAUGCUACUCCCACUGGCCCUCAAAGCCAAAUGUAUGGCAACCAAGCCCAAUCUCCUUCUCACCAAGGGCCUCCUACGGGGCCAAUGAACAAUAAUUUCCGAGGCAACCAACGGAAUUUUAGAGCGAACAAUUUCAACCCCCGAGGCAAUCGUGGCAACCAGUUCAAUCCUCAAUGGAAUCCUCCUUCUGGCCCCUCCGGCGCCAGUCGCGCCCAGUUUACCAAUUCUGGUAAUGUUACACCUCAGCAAAUGUCACCGCAACAACAGUUCCCACAGCAGAAUUCAUUUGAUUCGGGUGCAAUAUCAAUGCAGGAUCAGGUGGACGAAAGCGAAGACUUAUUUAGACCCUCAAAAGACCUUCAGGCUGAGGAUACUAGCAAAAAGAAUGAUGAACAAAUGCUCCCUCCUAGUCGACCACCGCCAACAGGGCCUCAAAGUCAACAGAACUCCUCAAAGUUUAGUUUUGCUUUCAAAGGUCCAGCUAAAGCGGCAACUACUCCAAAGCCAGAAAUUUCUCAAAAGCUUAAUGCUGUACCAAUCAAGCGAGAUAUGCAAAAUAGCCCUCGUGGCCCUGCAGCGACACGGAAUAUCCCUACAGAGCCAGCAUCUGCAAGAGCGCAACACGCAUUCCGCGAACCACCGCCUCCUGUCACGCGUAAGGUUAAGAAAAUUAUGCAACGUCUGAAGCCAAAGCCACAAUUAUUGCCCGAAUAUAAGGCAUCAGAUUCUGUGUACUAUCGAAAACCUGGUAAUGAAUCUGUGGUUGGAUCUGGAACUUACGGUAAAGUGUUCAAAGCUAUCCAUGUCUACACCAAGAAGUUGGUCGCUCUGAAGAAGAUACGUCUUGAUUACCUCCAUCGACGAGGUGUUUUACACCGGGACAUCAAAGCAGCAAACAUCCUUGUUAGUGAUGAAGGGCAACUGAAAUUAGCAGAUUUUGGGCUGGCUCGAUUUUACGCAAAGCGAAGACAGCUGGACUAUACCAAUCGUGUUAUCACCAUCUGGUAUCGUUCACCAGAACUUCUCCUUGGAGAGACACAAUAUGGUCCUGCAGUGGAUAUUUGGAGCGCAGCCUGUGUCUUGGUUGAAAUUUUCACUCGCCACGCAAUUUUCCCUGGAGACGGUGGUGAAAUCAGUCAACUGGAGAAAAUUUAUGCUGUGCUCGGAACACCAAAUCGAAAUGAUUGGCCUGGCUUAGUAGACAUGGCAUGGUUCGAACUUCUUAGACCUUCUGCUAAACGAUCCAAUGUCUUUGCAGAAAAAUACAAGGAACGCGUUACACCUGCCGCGUUUGAACUCCUAGAUGCCAUGUUUCAAUAUGACCCUGCCAAGCGACCUUCUGCUUCUGAUGUUCUUGAGCACCCAUAUUUCACGACGGAAGAGCCAACUGCAAGACAGGCUAUUGAACUCAAAGAACUUAAAGGUGACUGGCAUGAAUUCGAAUCCAAAGCGUUGCGUAAAGAGAAUGAACGCAAGGAUAAAGAGGCACGAAGGGCAGCCCAAAAGGAAAAGGAGAAGAAAAGAACUGCAGAAAGUGAAGCCUGUUCUGAAAGAGACUCAAAGCGAGUAAUGAUGGCACCCCCAGAUAUACCACCGCCAUCUGCUAUACCUAAAACCCAGGAAGUCACUGCUUCGAGCAACUAG